AUGCUCAUCCGGUCGUUUACAACGACACAAGCAACUCUAUCCAGAGCGAAAGAGUACAUCUUGCCUGUGUAUGCCAGGCCUGACUUCGUUCUCUCUCAUGGGAAGGGAUCGUAUGUUUGGGACACUGAGGGAAGAAAGUACCUGGAUUUCAGUGCCGGUAUUGCGGUUAAUGCGCUGGGACAUUCUGACGAGGGGGUUACUAAGGUCCUUGCCCAACAAUCCCAACAACUACUACACACGAGUAACGUUUAUCACAACGAAUGGGCAGCCAAGCUUGCUGAAUUAUUAGUGACAUUAACUCAAAAAGAAGGGGGAUUGGGUUAUCCUGCUGAGAAAUCACCAACGGAUGGGGCUACUCCCGGUGCAAAAGUGUUUUUCUCCAAUUCCGGAACCGAAGCCAACGAGGGUGCACUGAAGAUUGCAAGGAAAGUGGGUAAAGAUCGGUGGGCAGCUAACGCUGCAGGACGUUCAUGGGAUUCAAAAGACUGUACUAAAACGCGUAUCGCGUGUUUCGAGUCUUCAUUCCAUGGUAGAAGUAUGGGUGCCUUGAGUGUGACCAGCUCGGCCAAGUACCAACUUCCGUUCGCACCCCUGCUUCCUGGAAUUGAUGUUGGAAAGGUGAAUGACUUCGAUGGUUUAUCGUCGCUUAUUGGUGAGGACACCUGUGCUGUAAUCGUCGAGCCAAUACAAGGAGAAGGUGGGAUCAACUCAGCACAAACGGAAUGGCUAGCGGCGUUGAGGCAGCGCUGUGACCAGGUAGGCGCUGUAUUGAUCUUCGAUGAAAUACAGUGCGGAUUAUAUCGGACUGGGACUCUAUGGGCUCACUCGCCGCUUCCUGUUGAAUGCCAUCCUGAUAUCGUGACCAUGGCUAAGCCAUUGGCAAAUGGAUAUCCCAUUGGCAGUGUUCUGCUGCGGGAUUCAGUAGCUUCUACUAUGACUGCCGGAACACAUGGAACAACUUUUGGUGGAUCACCAAUUGCUUGUGCUGUGGGCUACCAUGUCCUCUCUCGUCUGUCAGACCGUCCUUUUGUAGCUCAGAUCGCCGAGACCAGCGCAUACCUUUCCGGACGGCUGUCCCAACUACCGACCUGGUUCCCAGACAUAUUGCAGCCCACGAUCCGAGGUAGGGGGUUAAUUCUGGGAUUGGCGUUCAAGGAUGAGAAGGACCCGGGUCGCCUUGUGAGUUUGGCCCGGGAGCGAGGAGUGUUUGUGCUCACAGCGGGUAGAGAUGCCGUUAGAUUGGUGCCCAGUUUGAAUGUGGGCAAAACAGAGGUGGAUUUGGCAGUUGAUGUGAUUGAAAGCUGUCUUGGAGAAAUGCAAUGA